UGUGGAUCGGGAGAGCCGUAAACAAGGUUUUCGCAGGUAUCGGCAGCGGUACCGUGAUGCGGCCCAGCGGCUCGGCUGGAGGCCGCUGCCGCGCUUUCUCCCGGCUGCUGGGCCUUCUGUUCUUCCAGGGUGUUUACACAGUCCUUUCACUGGAGAUUAAAGCAGAUGCCCAUGUUCGAGGUUAUAUUGGAGAAAGAAUCAAGUUGAAAUGCACCUUCAAGUCUUCUUCUCCUGUCUCUGACAAGCUCACAAUAGAUUGGACUUACCGACCACCUACCAGCAGUCGCACAGAGACAAUUUUUCAUUAUCAGUCUUUCCAAUACCCAACCACAGCAGGCACAUUCCGUGACCGAAUUUCUUGGGUUGGGGAUGUGUACCAAGGAGAUGCAUCUAUCAGCAUAAGCAACCCGACCAUGAGAGACAAUGGAACAUUCAGCUGCACUGUAAAGAAUCCUCCAGAUGUCCACCACAAUAUUCCCCUGACAGAGCUGGUAGUCACUGAAAGGGGUUUUUCCAUCCAGCUCUCUUCUGCUGUACUGCUGUCCAUUCUGGUCUUCAUUCCUUCAGCUGUGGUGGUCACCCUGCUCUUGGUGAGAAUGGGACGGAAGUCUGCUGGGCUAAAGAAGAAGAGCAAGUCUGGCUACAAAAAGUCAUCUAUUGAAGUUUCAGAUGACACUGACCAGGGAGAAGAUGGAGACUGCAUGGGAAGGCUUUGUACCCGUUGUGCUGAAUGCCUGGAUUCGGACUUUGAAGAAACAUAUUGACGAAUGGGUAAAGACUGCCUGGCUUAAGAACUCAAGUCAUCUGUCUGAUCUGCACAAAAGUCCUGUUCCUUUAUUUGUUGAGGUUUUGGUGUGAUUGCAGUUGACUUGGACUACCAUGAUAGAAAGCCAUGUUGGAGGAACCUGGAGUUUGGAAGUCAGGACUGUCCAGUAACUUUUUAUUUAUUGAAGAAAUAUUCUUUUUAUAUUUAUGAAAUGUUUUAAGACCUUAAUAGAAGACAUGCAUAAAAAGUAGAGCUCCUAGCUAUAAUAACUUAAUAAGUUAUAUUUUGGUUGGACUGAGGAAUUAUUUUCCUGAAUAGGAAGAUAUGUAUUGUUUGUCUGUGUUGCAUUCUAUGUGUUGUACGUUUUCUUCUAAUUAUCUGAGGGAAAAUCAUAAAUAUUUGUUAUUUGUUGACUGCAAAGGAUCUUUUUUUCAAAGGAAUGUCACCCAUAGCAUCCUUUUGUUCUUAACUGUCAGGUGAAAAUAUUUGUGAUAAUGUUUUGCUUGGUCAGUUUUUAGCUUGGAGCUACUGAUUGAAUAGUAAUCACCUGCUUAUUUCUCUUCUUUUAGUGAGCUGUAAGAUUCCAUUGUUUAUUAUAAUCUCAAAAUCAUUUGGAUUGUAUAAGCAUAAUCAUGUAAGAUUAGGCAAAUUCUGCUUUGUAUCAGUACUAUAUUUUUUCAUGUUAAAUGGCAUCAAUCUGUGUUCAAUGAAAGGAGUUAUGGGA